AUCUCUUCCUCAUUGCUCGAUCCAGCUGAAACCGGGAGUUUCCGUUACUGGGUUUCCCUAAAGGAACAAACUUUGGUCUUAAUCUGAAUCGUGAUUGUUCUGGGUUUCCAUAAAGGAACAAACUUUAAGCUUAUCUGAAUCUUGAAGAUGGUUGGUGGUGGAGGAAAUAGAAGAGAAGAAGGAUCAAUGCCGAUGCAAAACACAAACUUGUUUGCUGCUUUGGAUACACGGAGGAAGAAGAAGAAGAAGUCUGUUAAGGUCACAGAACCGGUUAAGGAGGCUGAGCCACAGGUCUUUUGGGCUCCUACGCCUCUAAAGGCGAAGGCUUGGGCUGAUAUUGAUAGUGAUGAUGAAGAUGAGGAUUAUUUCGCUACCACUGCUCCUCCUCCUACUUCUUCUCAGCCCUUGUGGAGUGCUUCUCAAGCAUCAGAUGCUAAAGAGGAAAGUGAGAGUGAAGAAGAUAUUCUUGACGAAGGUGAUGACGAGGAUGAUUUGGAGGAAGAGCAUGAGACACAAGUUCAUCCAGAAGCAGAGCCUGAGGUGAAAAAGGCUCCCGAAGUUCCUGCAUCACCUAAGGAGGCAGAGAGGCAGCUUUCCAAGAAAGAGAGGAAACAGAAAGAACUUGCUGAGCUUGAGGCCUUGUUAGCUGAUUUUGGAGUUGCCCCCAAGGAUAACAAUGUUCAAGAUAAGCAAGAAAAGAAAGAAGUGAAUGGAGAGGGAGAGAAGAAGGAGAACACAACGGGAGAAUCAAAGUCUGCAAAGAAGAAGAAAAAGAAGGAUAAACAGAAGGAGGUUAAAGAAUCUCAGGAUGAACUAAAGAGCAACUCAGAUGCUCCUGCAGGUGAGCAGGAGGAGGAAGAGGCUUCUUCUUCCAUGGAUAUCAAAGAACGGCUGAAGAAGAUUGCAUCGAUGAAGAAGAAGAAAUCAAGCAAAGAGACGGAUGCUGCUGCAAAAGUUGCUGCACAAGAAGCAGCUGCUAGGAAGGCGAAGCUGGCUGCUGCAAAGAAGAAGAAAGAGAAGAAUCACUACAAUCAGCAGCCAGUGAGGUGAGACUAAUCACCCACCCACACACUCACCGGUUUUGAUAUAUGAACAUGUGUUAUCCUCUUUUUAUUCAUAUCAGACUUUGCCUUGAUAAAAGAAAUUAUUUAAAAGGAAUGUGGUUAGGUCGUGUACUAUUAGAGAUAUAACUUUGAUCGUUUACUUCUUUUAAACCGUUGAAAGAAAGAUAUGCCUCAGCAUGUUCCAAACUGUUUAUUUGUUCGUCUUAUUAAU